GAAUAUGUUCUUCCUGUUAAUAUAGUACCAAAAAAUCAGGAUGAUGUAUCUAUUCUCCAAAGCAAAACAAAAACACGUUAUGUAGAGCAUGAAUAUAAAAAAAAUAAGAAUUAUGUUAUUCCAGAGUUGGGAGAAGCUCCAAUUAUCACUGAUACAUUAUAUUUUAAUAAUAUUUCUACAACUCCAAAUAGUAAAAGCAUAAAAGAUCCAGAUAAAGAAAAUCAAUCAUUAGAAAAUGUAUAUAGAGGAAUUCAACGUAGUCGAAUAGAUGUCACUAAGCCUAUAGAUGAACAAAAAAUACCAGCAAUUCUUUUGUCAUUACAGAAUAGUGUUGUUUCUCCUGCUUCUAUUCCUGUUGCUUCUUCUGCUGUGGUUCACUCUCAAUCUUCAAAAAAUCAUGCUGUGGAUAAUUCAUUAGCGGUAGUUUCUGCAAGAUCCCCACAAGACAAAAAUAUACAAACACAAACAAGUGCAUAUCAAAUGCAAAAUUCACUUCAUACUAGAUCAGGACGUAAUUCGACGCCUACUGAAAACAAAUCUAAGAGUGCACUUGAAGAAGAUACAUCUAUGUUUCAAUACUCUUCUGUUAUCCCAGUUCUUGUAGGCUUUAUCACAGUUAUUUUCCUUCUUAGCAAGUAUACUUCUUUUGGACUACUAUUUGGCAAUAAAAAAAAGGAAAGACAUCACAAAAAAUUGCAGGAAAUACGAUUAAAUCGUACCCAUUUGGAAAAAACUAGUAACAUCAUAGAACACGAUAAUUUAGAAGAUACCAAGGAUGACAUUCAUUAUAAAUAUAUAAUGUACAGACGAGGAAAACGUAUAUGUUCUCCAAAAAAAAAAAGAAAUCUAAAGAAAACCAUUAUAGAUAUACACUUGGGAGUAUUAGAUGAAUGUCAGAAAGAUCAAUGGGAAUUUGACAAAGGGGAUUUUCAAGAAAUAAUCCUAGAUGAGUUUAUGAAAGACGCAAAUAUAGUAUGUAGUCAUUUAUCAAACAAUGAUCC